AUGAGACAGUUGCAACAGCUUCAGAUGAACAAGAAGGACCACUCGGAGGCGGAGGCCGUAAAGGGAAGUGUUGAGUUGCAAAAGAUGCCAGAGCCCGGUGAUGCAGCAGUGGAGUUCAAUGAUUGGAUGUAUGUCACCGAGCAGAUGCUAGGCGCUUUGACGGAUAAUGCAAGUGCUUGGUUUGGUCAGUGCCUUCAGUGUGCAAGAGAGGCCUAUGUGAAGUACCAGAAUGCGUCAGCACUUGAGCGGCUCAGCAUAAACCCUGACCUUACUGACUCUUUGAAGGACCCGAAGUGGUUUCGUCUGGAGCGUCGUGUUCUUUCGCUCCUUUUGGCGGCAAUGCCAAAGGCGGUGAAGGAGGACACCAUCACACACCGCAUAGAGUCCGUGGCGGGUGUCCUCUACAGACUUCAUGUGAUCUACCAGCCAGGUGGCGCUUUGGAGCGCACAGCAAUCUUGAAACACCUGGAGGGCACUGUGGGACCUGAAGAUCCUGGUGAGGUUGUGGCUCAGCUCAGACGAUGGCGAAGGCAUCUCGCAAGAGCUGAGGAGAUGGCAAUCGCGCUGCCAGACGCUAGCCUGCAGCUCAAGGGAUUGGAAGCCGUAACCUUCAAGGCCCUUGAAAGGCUCCCGGAUGUGAAGUUCAGGUUGACCUUGGCAAAGAAUGAACUCAGAUUGGCUUCGUCACCUACGGCAGAGACGGUCUUGAAGUACUACCAGCACCUUUUGGCGGAGCUACAACAGGCCAUUCCCAACAACAAGCCGGACCACGCCAAGCUGAAGGGAGCUACAACAGCCUCGAACACCGGCCAAGGAACAGGAGGAUCAGGAACUCCGAGUGGAUCUCCCAAGCGAGGAAAGGGCCCUUGUAAGUUUUUUCAGUCGGAGAAUGGAUGCAAGAGGGGAGCCAGCUGCACAUACACCCAUGAAUUUGCCUCCAGAGCCGAUCGAAAGCAGCGGUGUUGGUCCUGUGGAGCCACGGGGCACCGACAGCAAGAGUGCCCAACAACCAGUGGGGGAGGAGCGAAAGGAAGUGGCAAGUCUACUGGGGGACAGUCUACGUCAACGACAGCUACAACGGCGACGGCAAGCGCUGCGCAAGUACAACAGCCAGCGGUAGAAACCGGAAGUGCUGGAGCGCAGGCACAACCAGAAGCUGCAUCAUCAUCGUCUUCGGCAUCUACGGCGGCAACUGAGGCAGCAGCGCAGCGUGAGGAAAUGAAGAAGUUGCUGCGUGAGGCAAGCUCUAUGCUGAGCAAGAUCCAGCUGAUGACAAUGAAGGUGGAGGACACCAACAAGGCCGCCGAGGACCUGGAACUUCUGCUGAGGUCUGCUGGAAUGGACCAGCAUGGGUUGGCCCUUUUAGAUUCAGGCGCGUCCCACCCCUUUCGCAGUCCGGUGGAUGCAAAUGAGCUUGAGGCUGCGAACAACGUUGGUGUGGAGCUGGCGGACGGCCAAAUGGUGGAGUUGAAGCAGACAAAUACAGGAACAUUGCUCAAGGCAAAGAGUGAAACCACUCAGGCACCGAUAGUGCCCCUUGGGGCGCUGGUGCAGCAGCUGGGAUGCUCAAUAAGCUGGUCAAAACGCCAAGGCCUCCGCGUUAUUCAUCCUGAGCACGGUGACCUUCAAGUGAAGAUGCGAGGGACUUGCCCCUAUAUCUCUGAACUCGAAGCUUUGAAGCUUAUCGCGGAGAUUGAGGAUAAGAAUUUGGAGAGGCUGCAGCAAACUACAAUGAGGAGUUUGUGGACCACUUCCUCUUCCUUUGCCUCACUCCCUUGGAGCGCUUACUUGGAGGCCUAUGUGAAAACAGGAAAGAGAAGCAGCGCUCUGGCGGCGAUGAUGGAUUCCAGUUUCCCACUUAAUCUGGAAACCGUGACGGACAGGUUCAGCUUUGUGCGCUCCGAGGACAUUGACUUGAGCGACAACGCAGGCUUUGGGUACUUGAAGUCGCUACCCGUGAACCGGAAGUUCAGGCGAAGGCUCCAUGGGUCACGAUGGAUUGUUCACCUUUAUGAUGGAAAGAAUGAGACCGCCUCCCACGAGUUGAAGAAGUUUGAAACUGAGGACAUCGUGGUCUUGGAAAUUGACUUGCAGCGGUCCAAGAUGUACAACUUGAAGGGCUGGAACAAUGUUCUUCGGGCCCUAAUGUGGGCGGGAUGCCGGGGACAGCUAGAGGGUAUCCUCGGAGGACCUCCCAGAAGAGAGGGUGACGAGCUCAGGAGGAAGCUGAUGUACACUUGGAUGGUGGCUGAAAGGGGAGCAGCGGUUAACAACCUCAAGAAGCCCUUCCUCUUUAUGGAGUACCCCGGUGAGAUGGCUUGGUGGAAGUCAGAUGAGUGGAGGAAUUUCCGGGAUGAGUAUCAGCUGUCCCAUGUGAGCUUGGAGGCAGGCCAGGGCCAAGUGUUCCACGCCGCAACAAAUAUGAACUUCGUCAACCAUGUCAAGGAGCCCAGGGUUGAGAAGGGAGUAUCCACCACAUGGACAACAAGCUUGCUAAGAGCAGUGCGUGAUGGAAUGCUGGAAUGGAACAAGCGGCCAGACCAAGUACGUCAAGCCCAGCUUCUUUGCAAAAUGGAGGGACGAUUGGAGGACAUGUCCGAGAAGGAACUCAAGCAGUGGGCCAAGCACGUUCGGGAUGGACACGUUCCGUUCAAUAAAAGGACCAGAGGAAUCGACGCUGAUGGCAAGUACCGCUACGCACUUGUGGGUUCAUACUGUAUGCCGAGGCUUGAAGGAUACAAGGACGUGGACAUUCCUCUGGAGUUGCCGAAGGCCGAUGGGAAGAGCGAUCCAGAUCCGCUACAACCGAAAGCCGAUGGGAAGAGCGAUCCAAAUCCACUACAACCGGAAGCCGAUGGGAGACGUGAUCCAGACAGCUUGCAACCAGAUGCAGAUGAUGGCGGUGGUGUGGGUCUGAUGCUUGAGGAGGAGGACGAGUUUCUCCAGGAAGAAGAAGUCGAGGACAUUCCACUCUCUCCUGGUGACCAAGUUGAACUGGAGCAGAAGAACGAGGACUAUAAGAAGUUCUACAGCGAGGUUGUCAAGGAAGUGGGCGAGCCCUUGGAGUUUCAGACGUUGUUGUACGUGAUACCCCUCAAGUCCAGACAGAAGGUUGAUGUCAACGCGGCCAUGAGGCGAAUGUACUUGCAACUCCGUCAAGAAGGUUUUACUUGCGAGUUCGUCACUUCCACGAGAAUGUUGGCCCCUGGCUAUGAGGACCCAGGCUUUGGAGCACGGGUUGCGGUGAAGUCAAAGGUCUUCGGAACCGGGGGCUCGUAUGACCUAAACCCCCGUUGGGGCGAGGGUCGGUUUGUGGGCUACAGCAGUGACGUGAAGAAUGGCCUGGUGGUGAGGUACGAAGACGGAACCUUUGUCACUAGUUGCCAUGUACGAGAAGGUUUGGCGAAUGCGGAGGCUAUCGCUGACGACGAGCCCGUAGAGGUUGAUCUACCUGUUCCGACAAGAAGGUUGAGAACGAAAGCCAGGCUGGCCCUGCUCACUAGUGUGUACAACGAGAUCGAGUCCUACGCGAGAGACUUGGAUGUGGAGGAAAUGUAUGAAGUUGAUGACGUGCUACGCCUCUGGGAAAGGCUUAAGGAGGUUCCAAGACCAAGGAGACGGGGCGCAAAGAUGUCAACCGUGGAUGAGAACUCCGAGUCCUUCUACACUGGCAGUUACGUUCAUGGAGGAGUUUGUGGAGUCAUGAAAUUGGCCCGGCAACUUCCAAAUACCACGGCCUACCUGGUGAAGGCUGCGAAGGAGAUAACCGGACAAAGCCAUUUUGGCUGUGUGGCUAUCGUUGAGAAUGUUGGCAUGGGCCCGCAUCGCGACAGUCACAACCAAAAGGGAACCGAGAAUACGAUCACGGCCUUGAAUGACUUUGCCAAUGGUGAGGUAUGGGUUGAGAAGAAAGAGGGCGACUACAGCUACGAUGAUGAGUGGAGACAAGUCGCCGAGGGUCAAUGGAAGCGUGGGAAACUUCAUGAACUACAACCUGGGAAAACAGUUGCCUUCUCGCCGGGACAAUGGCAUCAAACAGAGCCUUGGACUGGGACUCGCAUUGCCCUACUCACCUACACUCCAAGACUUACCAGCUUGAAGGAAGAGACCGAAAGAGAACUUCGUGGGCUGGGUUUCAACUUACCAGAGCAACGAGGUGACCCUGAUGAGCAGGAUCAAGGUGAACGAGAGGGUGGUGCAGCGGAGUCUCUAUUUGAGCCUCCUAGCCAAGAGGAGACUUCAACCUGGGGUGAAGGUCUGGCUAUGUUGAGCGAGGACCAGAAGGACCUUUUGGACGACAUGCAGGAACGCUCCCUUGCUCUACGGCGCCUACUUGAGGAGGAGGAGAUACUGUUGGAGGAGUAUCGAAGACUUGGCAAACAGGUCACAGAAGAGGUGGACCAAACCCACCAAAUGAUCAUUGACAUGAUGGAGCAAACGGGCGAUGCAGUGGGUCAUGUUGAGCAACAAGAAGUAGAACACUGCUUGAAGGGUUUCCAGACUGAGGAGCUGGAGGACAACACGUUGGAUGACGUCGAGAAGCACCUCAGCGAGCUCACCGGAGAUCUACAAGUUGUGCUUAACGUGCCGCUGGAUCAAGUGAAAAGGAACUUGCAGCUUUGGGUCCCUGCCAUCGACAAGGAGCUCGGAACUUUGUUCAAAGACGGCAACAAUGGGACGCUGAAGCGCAUCUCCAUGAAGGAAGCCCGAGAGCGUGAGAGGAAGGGAGAACUGGUGAUUGUCCCGAGCAAGUUGGUGUUUACGUGCAAGCCGCCCAAUCAAGGGGCAGCGCCAAAGACCCAGGAUGCGAGCAAGACAAAGGACAUUGCCGCCAGAUGGAGGAGGAAGUGUCGCCUGGUUCUUUGCGGAAACUUUGCCGAGAGGCCGGAGGGACAAAGCCAAGCCGAACUAUACGCUGCUGGAGCAUCCGCAGACUCCAUGCGGGUAGCCCUCACUUUGGCGAGUGCAUGCUACUGGGCAGGGGCUGGGUCCGAUAUCCAAGGGGCCUUUCUACUGGCGCCUUGGCCUAACCACAUGCGAAAGUAUGCCAUCAUACCGCCAAAGACCUUGAUCCUUGCAGAAAGGGCCACGGAGUCGGAAGCAUGGGAAGUGCACCGGGCUCUCUAUGGAUUGAGAGAGAGCCCGGCAAUCUGGAGUGAUUUCCGGAGGCAGAGGCUGAAGUCCGCAAAGGUGCCCUGGCCAGAUGGGUUCCUUACGCUGCGGGCGUCUAUAGUGGACCCUGAGGUCUGGAUGAUCCUCUACUCCGUUGACAACGCUCCGGACGUUUUAACAGGUGUCCUGGUGACCUACGUUGAUGAUCUGCUCUACCUGGCGGAGAAAGAGGUUAUAGUUGCACUGCACGGAUGGCUUUGUGAAGACUGGCCCAGCAGUCCGUUAGAGUGGACCUCGGAUGGAACCCGCUACCUGGGCGUCGAGAUUGAGCAAGCAAAGGAGGGUCACUUCCUCAUCUCCCAACGAGGCUAUUUGGAAAGUCUUGUAAGAGGUUAUGAUCUUGAACCCGGGCAGCAAGUUCGACUACCGUGUCCUCGCGAAUGGUUGGUUGACGAGGAUGAUACCGCGGAGGCUCAGGAGGAGUUCACACCCGAUGAGCUCCGACGGGCUCAGAAAAUAACCGGAGAACUACUAUGCGUGACGAGGUCGAGACCGGACAUCCUUUUCAUCGUGACGAUGAUGGCUUCAGCCCUGGCAAGGAGACCGUGUCAUGUCUACCGCGUGGGCUUAAAGGUGAUGGCUUACCUGGCAGCUUCGGUGGAGGUGCAGCUACAGCUUGGGGGAAGACAACCAGUCGAGAACACAAGCACAACAACCACGGCAGCAGCAGACAUACCAACAGCAACCACCCACAAAGCAAGCGUAGGGUUGGUUUUAGAAGGGUUCUCGGAUGCGUCCUUUGCGCCGUUUGGAGGACGGUCAUACGGAGCUUCUACCAUAACCUUGAAUGGUUCUGUUGUUGCGUGGAAGUGUGGAAGGCAAGCAUUUGCUACGAUGUCGGUUGCUGAAGCGGAGCUUUACGAAGCUGCUCAGACAACCCUGCUGAUGAAGGGGAUACAAGCAUUGGUCCAGGAGAUUGUGGGCAAACACGUUCCGCAAAUACUCUUGGUAGACAACAGUGCAGCUGUGUCGAUCAUUCACGGAUGUCAGGGAUCAUGGCGCACUCGUCACUUGAAGGUCCGAUGUGCUUUCAUUUCGGAUCUAGUCCAGCAAGGAGCCUUGACCGUGAAUCAUAUCAGUGGACAGAAGCAGCUAGCAGACUUGCCUACAAAGCUACAUAGCAAGCUACGGAUGUCAGAGCUGAUGAGCCUGUGGGGGUUCAUUGGAGGUCCUCUGGCGCGAAUCAAUGAGCGGGUGAAGAUCGCAACCUUGCUUUGUGUGAUUAUUGCCUUGCAAACGGUACCUGUGGAAGCCUCUGAGACAAGCAGCCCUCCCAAGACGGUUUCGCUAGCUGGAUGGGAUGAGCUCACAGUGGUUACAGUUCUGGUUUGCAUUGCAGCAGUUGGUUUGUGGGAGCUUGUGAAAAAGGGAGUUGCAUGGGUCCUUGGGAUCAGGGACGAAACCACCAAGGAGAGAAGGUUGAGGAAGCUACGUGACGUGGCAAGAUCCGCAGCACAGGAGGAGUUGGACAAAGAGACCUUGCGACGUGAACUGGAGGCUGAGACAACCAGUUUGAGAAGGUCCCUUCGAUUGUCGACCAGCGACCCUCCUACGCUGUCAAGAGCAGUCACAAGAACGGCUGCCACGCAAACUCCUCCCCUUCCAGAGCCAGAUACGAGGAUUGAGACAAGGGUGGUGUAUGCAGAUCGCCCCGUCCCAGACGAUGUGCCCGUGAACUUGUUCUGGAAGACUACAGACCACAG